AGUUAUCUUCUCUUUUGUGCGCAGCUCCCAGGUUGGCAUCGGAAAUCCAGUGAGGGUGUGAUAUCUGCCUUGCUACUUUGUCUCUGCCUGAACCCAAAGACGCUCAGAACUCUCUUCGAAUUCAAUCUCAACUGCAACUCUAGGCUUACGUAAAGCGUCCUAUGCUUCAUGGUCGUGAUGGCACAAAUCCAAAAUGGCGGCGAGAAGCUGCAUGCGGCAUGCGAUGAGUGUCGCACCCGCAAACUCAAGUGCAGUCGAGAAUUCCCAUGCAGUCGCUGCCAGAGGGAAGGAAUACACUGCGUCUACUCACCGCAGAAGCAGAUGGGUAGACCUAGAAAGAGACGGCGGGAGGAAGCUGAUACAGGUGGUACCGAUCAAUCGAGCAGUGAUCUUCUGGAUCUUUUCUCAUCGCGUUUGGACGAGAACAUAGCUCCUGUAUUAACUGACUCUGGGCUACCCUACUCCUCCGAACUCAUCAACAUACCGAGUAGCACGGGCUUGGAUAGUGCUCAUGGAAUCCCCAGUGCAACAGCGUCUAAUCAAAAUCUUGCCAACCUUACCCCUGAGUCUCUAACAAAUUUCGAAUUGAAUCCUACAAUAGACCCCCUACUCUGGAAUCCCCAACUCAAUCCAUCCGACCUCUCUCCCGUCCAACCAGACCAGCCAUGCACCACCUGCCUCUCAGUCAUGUACCUCACCAUGACGGACCUGCAGAACAUGACCAGCUUCGCCUUCCCGGCCGUCAUCCCACCACAGCGACGCGCCAUGCAAGCCGCAUUCUCCAUGCUGCAAUGCCAGCAAUGUCCGACAAAGAUGUUUACCCUGCUUCAAAGCACAUACGCAGUCACCACGCUGCUCUCCGCCAUCGCAGAACGCUUCCACAGGAUCCUCAAAGCCAUUGACGACGAGGCAGAAGCGCUAGAGCAGAGAGGAGAGAAGAAGUCAUUCCGGGUCGGCGACAGCAACCCGCUCGUGCAGCAUCUCCACACUGGGACGCCGGAUUGCCCGUUGGGCUUCCAUAUCCUGGUGGAUGCGAAGGAGUGGAAGUCACUGGCGAAGAAAGUCAUCAGGACCGAGGUGGAAGGGGGAGGCAGCAACCCUCUCCCCUUCUCGGCGCUUUUGGAGCAGUUUGAGCAGAGGCAACAAACGAUACAUACGAGUGACAGGUUGCAGGAGGAGAGGGAGAGUAUGUACGGUGGGCGGCAUUGCGAUCACGCCGGGGAGCCGCUGUGUCAGAAGUUGAUCAAGCAUGUACGGGUCAUGAUUGAGAACUUGCAAUGGGAGUGAGAGGGUGUGGAGAUUUCGGAUACCAUUCAGGAUGUGGUUCACGAAAGUCUAGGAAGCCAGGAAUUU